AUCUGCUCGGCUUGCGGGCUGAGCUUCGGUGGAGGACCACAUGACGGGGCACAACAAGGAGAAGCGUUAUGAGUGCGACGUGUGUGGCAAGGCCUGGCAGUGCCCGAGCCAGCUGGAGACCCACCGGCGGGUGCACACGGGAGAACGCCCCUUCGACUGCUCGGAGUGCGGCAAGAACUUCACCAGCUACGAUAGCCUGCUGCGGCACAACCGCGUGCACUCUGGGAAGAGGCCCUUCACCUGCUCUGACUGCGGCAAGAGCUUCAAGACGGCGACUCACCUGAAGAUCCACCAGCGGGUGCACACGGGCGAGAAGCCCUAUGGCUGCUCCACCUGCGGCAAGAGCUUUGCCCAGUUGUCGGGGCUGCGGGAGCACCAGCGGGUGCACAGCAGUGAGCGGCCCUUCACCUGCUCCGACUGCGGCAAAGGCUACAAGUCGUCCAAGGUCCUGAAGGUGCACAAGCGCAUGCACACCGGGGAGCGGCCCUACACCUGCAGCGACUGCGGCAAGGGCUUCACCCGCUCCAGCAACCUGCUGGAGCACCAGCGCACCCACACCGGCGAGCGCCCCUACACCUGCGCCCAGUGCGGCAAGGGCUUCACCCACUCCAGCAACCUGCUGGUGCACCAGCGCACCCACACCGGCGAGCGUCCCUACACCUGUAGUGAAUGCGGCAAGGGCUUCACCCAGUCCAAUCACCUGCUGUCCCACCAGCACACCCACACCGGCGAUCGCCCCUACACUUGCACCCACACCGGCAAACGCCCCUACACCUCCGGCAAGAGGCCCUUCGGCUGCUCCGACUGCAGCAAAGGCUUCAAGACGGCGCAGGUCCUGAAGAUGCACCGGCGGGUGCACACAUGUGAGAAGCCCCAUGGCUGCUCCACCUGUGGCAAAAGCUUUGCCCAGAUGUCAGCACCGGCGGGUGCACAGCAAUGAGCGGCCCUUUACCUGCUCCGACUGUGGCAAAGGCUUCAAGUCGUCAACGCACCUGAAGCAACACAGGCGGGUGCACGCCAGCGACCAUCCGUUCCCCAGCCCGGUGUGUGGAUAGCGCUUUGCCAUGGCCUCCCACGCCCUGUCUCACCAGCGUGUGCACACCAGUGGCCAGCCCUACGCAUGCCUAUACUGCGGUGAGGAGUUUGACAGCUCGCGGGGGUUGCGGCAGCACAGGCGUGCCCACGCCGGCGAGUAGCUGCUCCCACUGUGGCAAGCGUUUCAAGAGAGCACGGGGGCUGCGGGAGCACCAGCGGAUACACACCAGAGAGAGACCCUUUGUGUGCGUUGAGUGAAGCAAGGGUUUCACCCGCAUGUCCAGCCUGUGGCAGCACCGGCGUACCCACAGCGAUGAGCGGGUUGGCGAGUCCUCACCGGCCAGCGCCCCUCCACCUGCCCGCUCUGUGGCAACGCCUUUGCCCAAUCCACCAGCCUGCUGGCACACCACCAGGUGAAUAGGUGCUGUUUAGAUAAACACAAAAAUGCUGGAAG